AUGGCCGGGAAUUCGAUCAGCACCAGUGUCUUGGACGCGGAAGAUAGCCGACCAUUGGCCAACCUGGACUUUGAGGAGCUGGCUGCCGAUGGUGGUAGCUUGGGAAUCGUUCUGAGUUACCUGGAGAAGCAACACCGUAUCAUCAUGGAUGCUCUGACAUACCAAGAUGAGAUGUUAAGGUCCAUCAAUCACCGCGUGGAACGUGAGGGCUCCACAGUGCCAGCACUGCCGGAGUUCCGCUUCCAUGCCAUGAGCAGCGGCCUAACCAACGGACUGGGCACCGGCAGCGCAGGCAGCGCCGGCAGCAAUGCGGUCAAGGCGUCGAAGGACUCCGCCAAGCUGCGUUCGCCAGGCGAACAUUCUGUGGCCGCCAGUCUCUUCACCAGCUACUCCCAGGACGAUCUCAUGCUGCGCCUGGGUGCGUCCCAGGCGGUCAGCCCCGUUCGUAGCCAAGGCCAAGACCCAACGCGCACCAAGGGGCCGACGGAGACGCUAGUACAGAGAAUCACGAGACACGUAGCCUUUGACAUUUUCUUUGGUGCUGUGGUGGUGACGAAUGCCAUCUUCAUCGGCAUCGACGUGGGCUUUCACGUGGGACAAAGCGAGUCAAGGGAUGUGAGCUUCAAAGUGAUUCAGUACGUCUACACCCUGGCUUUCACGGUCGAGAUCUUUUUCCGUAUAGGGGCAGAAUGGCACGAUGGAUGGACGUGCAGGGGUGAAGAUCGUGCUUGGAAUUGUUUCGAUCUCUUCAUUGUGAUGGUGGCCUGGUUUGAGGUCUCGAUCGACGUGAUCCACGCCACCACGGAUACCCAAAUGGACAGCAUCGCAGGGGUCAUCCGCGUCUUGCGCUUCGUGAUGGCGCUGCGAACACUGGUCACUUCCAUUUUGUCCACACUGAAAGCUGUAUUUUGGGCACUGCUGCUGCUGUUUCUGAUCAUCUAUAUAUUUGCGCUGCUCUUCACGCAAGCGGUGGAUGAAUUUAUCUUCAAGGAAAAUAAAAUUGAUCAACUGACCCCAGAGGAGGCCAGCGCGUCGGAUCAAUACUUUGGCACCUUGUUCCACAGCAUGCUGACCCUCUUCAUGAGCAUCGCUGGGGGCGUGAGUUGGGAGGAUGCCAUUGCCCCAUUGAUGGCCAUCUCGACGGUGUGGCUGCUGGCGUUCCUGUUCUACGUCUCGUUUACCUACUUUGCGGUAUUAAAUGUAGUCACUGGCGUGUUCUGUCAAAGUGCUAUAGAAUCCGCACAACAAGAUCGCGCAGCGGUUGUGCAGUCCAUGCUGGAAAACAAAGAGGCGCAUUUGUCGAAGAUGCGCGCCGUUUUCAGCGAGAUCCGCGAGAACUCUCCGAGCAACGCCGAGGGCGACGAGGCGAUUACCUUUGCCAUGUUAGAAGAGAAGAUCAACUCACCCACGGUGCAACAGCUGUUGGAAACCUUGGGAGGGCCCGGGGCGGCCCCGGUGGGAGCCAAGACCUGGUGGCUGGAAUGGUGGUGGAAAGCCUGCUUGCAGGAGUUCUUCAUGGGUUGCCUCAGACUUGGCGGAAACGCGCGUGGAUUGGAGCUGGGGAAGGUCCUGCAGGACCAGCAAUGGCUCAUCCGUAGCCAGGGCAAAUUCCAAAACUUUGUAGAGAUGGAACUGUCACAAAUUAACGAGGCCGUGACGCGUGACUGGGAAAGGGUUCCCUAUGCCCCCAAAUGGUUGGCCUAUUGGAAGAGUUGA